AUGGAUAUAUCUGAUUCUACUAGCUUAGUUGUUGAUGAGAAAAAGGAUGGCGAUAUUUAUACAUCUGGGACCAUGUUCCAAAAUGGUUCUGAUGGCGAAUCGCAACGUCUUAAGCAUGAUUUAAAGGUAAAGAUUGAAAAAAGUGUAACUGAUGAAUUGAAACGUUUACUUGUUGCUUCAGUUGGUGAUGAUCUAAGUUGUCAUUUGCAUUCACUUAGCGAGGAUAAAGUGCGGCUUGCUUCGGCUGUUGACCAUUAUGCUAGCAAACUAAAGAAUGAUCAUGAUAGGGCAGAGGCAUUGGAAAUUUCGUCUGAUAUGUGGCGGUGCAAGUUCUUUGCUAUGAGCAUUCGAGCAGAUGAAUUGCUUUCACAGCGUAAUCAUCUUUUACAACAUAUUAGGGAUGCUCAUUCAACAAUAUCUCAACUUCUCGAUUUGUUGAAUUCCACGACUCAUUUAUCUCAAAAUUCGGAGAAUAUGAUUUCGCAGGCGAAACAUAUUCUUUCAGAGGAUAUUACACAUUUUUUUGAGCGGUCACCGUGUGAUGAAAAGCCAAGAUUGCCCAAAAUAUUAGCAUCCAAUAUCACCGUAGCAUGCUGUAAAAACUGUGUUCAUAACGAGAUCAAGCUAUUUACUUAUUAA